ACACUCUCAUCACACAUCUAUAAAUCAAGAAAUGCAUGAUCACGGCGGCGGCAUUCGGUGUUUCCCCGCGGCGGCGGUGUUGGCGGCCGCGAUGCUAACAUGCGCGGCCGGCGAUCUCAUCAAGGUCGGCGACAAGGCCGGCUGGACGCCCGACGUGAACUACACUCAUUGGGCCGCUCAUCGCCACUUCUUCGUCGGAGACUGGCUCUAUUUUGUGUUUGAUAAGCGGUACUACAACGUGUUGGAGGUGAAGAAAGCAAAUUACGAGCGGUGCGACGACGGCGAGUUCAUGAAGAACGUAACGAGGGGAGGGAGAGACGUCUACAAUCUGACGGAGGCCAGAUCUUACUAUUUUCUGAGCAGCGGUGGCUACUGUUUCCAUGGGAUGAAGCUCUCUAUCCAUGUCCGCAGAUCUCCGCCUCCGCCUCCGCCGUCGCCCUCGCCGGAUGUCAAAUCCGCCAAGGGCGGCGCGUCGCCGGAGAGCGGUCGUGACCGGGCCGCCGCCUUGUUUAUGGCCGUACUAAUUUCUAUUUUCAUCUUGAGACUCUUGUGAGUUUGAUUCGGCUACUUUGUUUUGAUAUUUCAAUCUCGUAUUUUACUACUAAGGCUAAGACAGUAGUAGGGUUUUGAUAUGAAUUAGAGUAUUGUGUGUGUGCGUGGUUGAACCACAAAAUGCAUUUGCGGAGAAAAAGGGGAUAUAUGUUGACGAAUUGAGUUUGCACUAAUUUGUUUGGUUAUGUUUUUUAAGUUGUUUGUAUUUGGAAUUAUUUUCGGCGAAAUUACAAGAGUUGUGGUCUGAAAAGUGGGAAGUCAUUAUUUUAUUAUGUAAUCUCGUAUAUUCACAUCCGAUGAAUACGCUUCUACUCCAA